AUGCCGCCGAAGCGACACUUUGACUUUGACUCGUCCUCCGACGCGCCAGAGGUCGCAUCCUCCGAACCCGGCGCAUACCCCACACCCGCCAAACGCCGUCACCUGACAUCGACGCCCGUGCGCUCACCGCCACGCUCGUCGGACUGCUCGCUGUACUCGGAGUACUCGACGCCCUACACGCCCUACGCCAAAUCCGUGCCCUCGGACUCGCCCACGAACCCCUUCGGCUUCGUCCGCAGACACGUGCGCCUGGGCUUACCGAAAGAGACGAGUUUUUCGAGGCAUUUGGCGCUGAGGUUUCAGCUCGUGUCUGCGCCUGAUCUCCCGCCUGUUCGCAGGAGGCCGCGAGAGGCGCGGAGACUUGAUCACCGCGGCAGCCCGGCGUUCUGGGAGUGCGAGGGCACCUACCGCAUCGUGCAGGUGCCAUUGAACUACUCUUUGGCGCACAUCCAUGCCCUCGUGCUAUUCCUAUUCAACGGCGACCCCUCACGUGCCCACUCCCCGCCAGCACCAGGCGAGCAGGGCUACCUCUUCGAAGCCAAACGCGACAUAUCAUACUACCACGAGUCAUGGCGCCUCGCCACGCUCAGUGGCGGCACGACAUGGGCCAAAGCGAGUCGCGUGCAGGACCCGUAUUACUCUGCGAAGAGCUUUGCGGAUCUGGUCGAGGCGAGCAAUGAUGCGAAUGAGUUGCCGUUCUUCGAGGAGGAUGAGGAUUGGAGUUGGGAGAAUGAGGAUGAGUUCGGGUUGGCGAAUAUCUGGCCGCCUGGUGGGGAUCUGUCGAAGGCUAUUGUCUACCGCCACGAUUCACAACGCGUGGUACAUAUUACCGUAUGUACCCAGACAAUCCCCGCACGUAAAGGCGUCGGCAACAAACCCUACGUCUUCCGUGCCUACGAAGACAUCUCCCUCGACCCAACACCCAUCGAACCCUCCUCCGUUUUCCCGUCCCCACCCAAGACCCAAACACUGCUCACAACUCGGACAACCGCCCGCACCCGCGCACCCCACACGCCCGACCCUUCACCGCCCGACUUGACCGGUUCACCAUCAAAGAAAGGCUCUCGUCAAGCGAAACCUCUUACGACGCGAAACCCAUCCUCGAACCCGUUCAAGUCAUCAACAUCUAAACCCGCCGCCUCGAUCUUUCCCAAACCUAAAACGUCAAAGAUCAAGUCGUUCAAGCCCUCGCUCCCUUCGCCUUCACCUUCGCCGAUCCACGACCUGGAUGACGACGCAGAAGGCUCAGACGUCGAUGAAGAUGACGAGGACAAGUUCGACGGUGGCCUCGAUCCGUACCGGUGGAACAAGCACGACGCGUUCUCGCGUUUCCUGACGAGAAUGUCUGGUCCUUCGCCCACUUCGCCGGGGCAUGCAUCGCCUGGAGCCGAAGACUCGCCAUUGAGGAUUCCGAGCUCAAGGCCGGCUUCGUCGUUGGGGAUGCCUUCGUCGCCUUCGUCAUCGGCAUAUGCGAGUGCGGAUGAAGGCGAUCACGAUGUCUUCCGCUCAUCGUCGCCUCUUCGGCUACCUGUCAUCACGCCCAUGACGUCCCAUGCACCUACACGCGCACGGAUUGAGCGUGCAGAAAGGCGCAUCCGGGAGCAUACGGCUAGCGUGGAGCGGACGGCACUCGAAGAAGAGGCUAGGAGAGAGAAGAGGGAGAAGGAGAAGGCAGAGCGGGAGAAGAAGAGGAGGGCGUUGGAGAGGAUCAAGGAGGAGAAGGAUAAGAGGGCGAAGGCGCUGGGCAAGUUGAAGGGGAGAGAUGAGGCGAAAAAAGGUGUCGUUGCGAGGAUGAGGGGGAAGACUCGUGCUGCGCCUAGAUCGCGUGGAGGGAGGGUUGAGGAGGUCAGAGGCGGUGAUGGAUGGGAUGCUGUUCCUGCUGGUGCUGGAGAGGUCCUUGAUGAUAAUGACGAAGAGGGCGAGAGAGAAGAUGAAGAAGAGCACGAAGAAGAAGCGGAGGAAGACGACCAGCAAGAAGAUGAGGAGGGCGAAGAUGAUCCACAGGACGAUGAGGGCGAAGAUGAGGAGCAGCAAGACAGCGAAGACGACGAGGAGACACGCGCCCGUGAGGAAGCACACUAUCAAGGCUACCGCGCUGCGAGACGCACGGAAGUUAUCCGGCUGAUGGGUGGCAGCGAUGGAUGGGCCGACAUACCUGCCAACGCUGGUGGAGCGUGGGACGAAGAGGAGGGGGAUCAAGAGGAGGACGAGAAUGAGAACCCGUUUGACGACGGGAGCGAGGAAUCGGACGAGGACGAUGGUUUUCACUACAAGGAGGAGCCGGAUGUAUAG